UUUAAAAAAAUACAUGUUUCUGUGAAUGUGUGGGGAGAGCACUGAUGGAUCCAGUUUGGACCGUCACAAAGCGGUGCGGUUCUGUUAGACCUCAUCGCUGUUGUAGACUGCUGUUGCUGUGUCGGCGCAUGCGCACUUAGAGCCCGGGCGGACGCAGGAAAGCAGAGCUUGCACAGGGCCAUCACCACCAUCGCUGCAAUGAGCGCCAACGUCAACGUGAAAGUUCAGCCCCCGGAGCCCGACAGUGCCCCAACGGUUCCACCCUCUUUGCCCGCUGAAGCCAUUCUCCUCUGUGGGACGGAGACCAUGGUCAAAAAGGCUCGGACUCAGCCACCCACCACUGCGGCUCUACUCCUACCAGCUCCUCUUCCAGGCCAUCAAAAAGUGGACCUGGCGACACCGACCGUGGCAAUAGGAGACCCGAGUAAAGGAGGCAGGGCUGGUGAGGCCGCUCCGCCCACUUUGACAGCACAGGUGGGAGGGGCUUGUAGCAUCGUCCAUGUACUGGAAUGGAAGGAAGGAAUGGCCAUCUUGCCUGGGAGCAACCUCAAGUUUUGUGUGAGUGACGUUGGAGCACUGAGCACGCUGAUCACUCCAUCGACCCCCAGCUCCACCAACGAUGCCCCAGCAGGGACCUCAGGUGCAGACACAUUGGGAAAGCCUGAUGUGACAACUCCAUUGGUCUCGGUGAGAGGUGUGGAACCAGAGAGUUUACUUCAGGUCAAAUCUGAGGUUCCACAGAAUCGUGAUCCUGGAACUCAGAAGAUCUACCCAGAGGAGCUCCGCAGAGAGCCCAUGGUGGACAAGAGGAGCAUCGGAGUGGAGAAGGUGCCGGCGGGAGGCAGGGUCUCCUCCUUAAACGUUGAGCAGAUGAAGCCCAUGAGGAAGAGGAAGAAGAAGGAGUAUCUCAGUCCCUCUGAUGAAGACUCCGACAUGGAGGGCACGGAUGACAAAAUGGAAGAUUCCAAGACAGAUGGCAGACACACCAGAGGAGGUGGAGACAUGAAGCCGGAGCAGUGGACAUGGACACAAUAUCUGGAGGAAACAAAAUCAAUCGCUGCUCCAGACAUGCUGUUCCAAGAGACCCAGAGGGCACCCACGGUGAAGAAUGGCUUCAAGCAGGGGAUGAAGUUGGAAGGAAUUGACCCUCAGCAUCCGUCCAUGUACUUUGUUCUUACCGUGGCCGAGGUGUGCGGCUACCGUCUGCGCCUCCAUUUUGACGGCUACUCUGACUGCCACGACUUCUGGGUGAAUGCCAACUCGCCCGAUGUACACCCUUCAGGCUGGUGUGAGAGCACAGGGCACAAACUGAACACUCCCAAAGGUUGUAAAGAAGAAGAGUUUACAUGGACAAACUACCUUAGAAUGACUAAAGCACAAGUGGCUCCCAAAGAGGUCUUUGCCAGUCCUGGAAGGGUCGACGUAAAGUGUGGCUUCGAUAUAGGCAUGAAACUGGAGGCCGUCGACCGCAUGAACCCCUCCCUUAUCUGCGUGGCGACGAUCACUGAUGCAGUGGACGCCCGCUUCCUGGUCCACUUUGAUAACUGGGAUGACACAUACGACUACUGGUGUGAUGCCACCAGUCCAUACAUUCACCCCAUUGGUUGGUGCCAGGAGAGAAACCUGCCCCUAACACCACCUCAAGACUAUCCUGACCAGGGAGAGUUCUCCUGGUCCCGCUACAUGAAUGAGACUGGUUCUAAGGCAGUGGAAGCCGAGGCUUUUAAAAUGCGUCCGGCCCACAGCUUCCUGCCUCACAUGAAACUGGAAGCUGUGGACAAGAGAAGUCCUGGUCUCAUUCGUGUGGCAACAGUAGAGGAAGUGGAGACUCACCGGAUCAAAAUCCACUAUGAUGGCUGGAGUCAUGUCUAUGAUGAGUGGAUGGACUCGGAUCACCCUGACAUCCACCCAGCCGGCUGGUGUGAGGCCACCGGUCACCCACUCAAAGCUCCCCCCCAAGACACCAAAACACAUCAGCCACACAGUCCGAGGGACCCCCCGAUUCCGGCCCAGUCCACUUACCCUCCAUCUGUUCCAUGUAAGCCCAUCAGCCACACAAGAACCACCAAGUACAGUUUCCACAACAGGAAGUGCCCGACUCCGGGCUGUGACGGUUCAGGCCAUGUGACGGGUCGCUUCACGGCCCACCACUGCGUGUCAGGUUGCCCGCUGGCUGAGCGCAAUCAAGGCAGACUGAAGGCCGAGUUGUCCGACUCCGAGAGCAAGAGGAGCCUCUUUUUCGGACAGAGAACCAAGAAGGCGCAUUACCGUGGCAGAAUUGGCCGUCCACCCAAAUAUAGGAAGAACCAGCAGAGAGACUAUCAGAACAUGUCAUCCGAGUGCGUCUAUCCGUCGUUGUUUGUGUCGGCGCUGACUGCUCCGUCCGACCGUGCUUUGUCUCUGUGCUGGGAGCAACACUGUAAACUACUUCCUGGUGUCCAGGGCAUCCCAGCCAGUCAGGUGGCAGCUUGGAGCGUGGAGGAGGUCUUCACCUUUGUGCAGAAUCUAAUUGGCUGUGAGGAUCAGGCUCGUCUCUUUAAAGAAGAGAUGAUUGACGGCGAAGCCUUUCUGCUGCUGACCCAAACGGACAUCGUGAAGAUCAUGAGCAUCAAGCUAGGCCCCGCCCUCAAGAUCUCCAACGCUAUUCUCAUGUUCAAGAGCACAGAUGAGGCUCUUAAAUGAGCCUCGCUCGCGAUGCGAGUCAUCCAUGUGCCAAUGGUUCAUUUUUCGUUUGUGUUCUUCGCGUCCUGUGCCCCAUUAAAAAAAAUGUAGAGCGGAAGAACAAGUGUAUCGGAACACCUGUCAACAUAACAUACACUUGCAGGAAGUGACCAUAAUUCAGUAUUAUCAGCAAAUGUUGACUUAAAGUGAAUUUCAUGUGACAGUUAAAGAAAAGAUCAACUCGAGUUGGAUCUGAUUUGAUGUACAAAAAAAAAAAAAGAUGAGGGAAAAGUAAGAAAAAAGACUUAAUGCAAUAGACUAGACAGGCCAGUGAAGGAGCUCUCUCAAGCUUCUGAGUUUGUGCAAUAAUUCAUAACUAUAAAAGUUACUGUAAAAGAGGAUUUUAAAAAAUUGAGGGUUUUUUUGUGCCAAAAUUAAAUACAAAAUGUGAAAUAAUUUCAUAAUUGCCGACUAAAUUGUGAAAAAAAUAAUAAUAUUGAACCUAUUUAUUCUAACAAUUUAAACAUUUAAUUUUACUAAAUAUUCUGAUUGUUUAAAAUGAUUUAAUAUAAUUGUUACUAUAUAUAAACAACAUAUAAUAUUUUUUUAACGCUAUAAUUUGUAUUAUUUUUAUUUUGUGGCCUUGCAAACAUGGAAAACUAAUUCAAGAGCUGCAGCAUCAUGCAAAAAAUUAUUAAAAUUAUUAAAAUGGUAAUGAAACAAUUGAGAAAUUGGUUCAACGUGAUUGUUCAAGACUAUAUUUCAAAAUGUAUAAAAUGUCUAAAAAUGUGCAUAUUUUUGUUUGUAUUGAAUUGAUAAAAAACUGCUGGUGUAAUAAUAAAUAAUCACCCAAUCAAAGAUGCGAUGGGCCAAUCUUGACGAAAAACGCCAUAUUUUUGAUUUAUUUAUUUAUUUUUUGCAUUUUUUUAAAUUAUUAUUCGCCUUCUCGUUUGUCCCGCGUCAGCCCAACACAAUUCUCUUCAUUUUUCUAUGCGACCAAUUUCAUUUGUGGAUGCAUACAAUGGCACAUUACGAGAGCACAACUGUGAAGCGAAGCCCCCAAACCAGGAGUGUUAAAUGACUAUCAACAACUUGACAUGACGACUACAAGUCAAGCGUGUGUCGUGUUUAUGCAUGAUGUUGGAUUUCUGAUAUUGUUGCAGCUUCACUGGAAUGUCUUAAGGGCUUAUGGCUGUGUGUGUAUGUGUGUGUGUGUAUGUGUGUGUGUGUGUGUAUGUAAAGAUCAUGUUAAAUCAUUCCAAUAAACAUGCAAAGUUGACUUUU